CAGAGCUUUCAGUAGCCUGGGUCGGCUUCUUUCUCUCUACUCUCCUCCUCCUUCUCUUUCUGUCCCUUCUUCUUCGCCCGAUCUGCCUGGCCCAGCUCUGCCUGCCCCUGCAGGGGCCAUGACCAUCAACGCCCUCCACCAGGGGGGCAGCUACAAAGUCCAGAUGCCAUGCCUGAGUAAGAUGGAGCGUGUGAUUGUGGGCAUGCAGGACCCAGACAUGGGUGUUAAGAUGCGGAAUCAGCGCCUGCUCAUCACAGUGAUUCCCCAUGCCAUGACCGGCAGUGACAUUGUGGAGUGGCUCAUCCAGAAAUUCUCUAUCUCAGAGGAAGAAUCUCUACAUCUGGGGAAUCUCAUUGUGAAACAUGGUUACAUCUAUCCCCUGAAGGACCCUCAAUGCCUUGUGCUCCGAGCAGAUGAUUCCCCAUACAGGUUCCAGACACCCUAUUUCUGGAUGAGCACUAAGUGGCCAGCUGCUGAACUGGAUUAUGCUAUCUAUUUGGCCAAGAAGAAUAUACGGAAACAAGGGGACCUCAUUGAGCAUGAAAAGGAUUACUAUAACCAGCUACAUAAGAAGAUCAAUCACACAUGGGACUUUGUAGUGAUGCAGGCCCGGGAGCAGCUGAGAGCAGCCAAGCAGCGUCGGAAAGGGGACAGAAUUGUCAUUGAGUGCCAGGAGCAGGCUUACUGGCUGGUGAAUCGGCCCCCGCCAGGAGUCCUGAAUGUGAUGGAGCAGGGACCUGAGCGGGGUAACUGCUAUACCACCAGGGUGCAAAUGACUAAAAAUAUGGAUUUUUAUAAGCGAGAGAUUGAGUACUGUAAGAAGGCAAUGGGUAGGACUAGGGUGAAGUCUUCUAUCUGCCUGGAAGCAUAUCUCAAGUUCAAUGAUCAGUACAUGCCCCAUGACCCCAUCAUGUCCGGCUGCCUGCCCAGUAACCCUUGGAUCACUGACGAUACGGACUACUGGUCAAUGAAUGCACCCACGGUGACGACACCUACUAAGUUACGGGUUGAGCGUUGGGCCUUUAACUUCGGAGAGCUCCUGGGGGAUCCUCUGGGCCAUAUACAGUUCAUGGAGUUCCUCAAGAAAGAGUUCAGUGCUGAGAACCUGAGCUUCUGGGAAGCAUGUGAGGACCUGCGAUACGGGGAACAGUCCAAGAUUGCUGAGAGUGUCGACUCUGUCUACCAACAGUUUCUGGCCCCUGGGGCCACACGCUGGGUCAACAUCGACAGCAAGACUAUGGAGAAGACGCUUGAAGGGAUCCGCAGACCCCAUCGCUAUGUCAUGGAUGAUGCCCAGAUGCAUAUCUACAUGCUUAUGAAAAAGGAUUCCUAUCCCAGGUUCUUAAAGUCUGACAUGUAUAAGACACUCCUAGCAGAGGCUGUGAUUCCACCAGAGACUAAGAAACGAGUGUUCCCAUUCAUGAGGAAGCAGCGCCACUCCAGCCCCAGCCCGGCCCUCCUCUUGCCCUCAGAACAGGAUCCCAAGGGGGAGGACAAGAAUAAGGCCCUGGCUUCUGCUGCCGGGGGAGGGGAAGGCUAGGCAAGGCGACAGUCCUCCCUUUCCCUCUGUGGCCACUCCUCCCUCUCCUCUGGUUGACAGCCUGGAGGAUGUAAUUGGAGAGGGGAGGGGUUGGGGGUGCCGGGUGUGGGGAAGGGGACAGAGAGAAACGCAUUUCAUGAACCGAGAUGUGUGAGGGCUCCCUCUCCUUCCUCCUUGACCCUGCCAUCUCCAGUGUCCUCCAAGGAGAGGUUAUAAUGCCCACCAACUCCUUACCCCUAAUCCUAAGAGUCAGUCUGCAGGUAUCUCACCCACCCUAGCCUUUGGCAGAGGAAGCAUGGUGCAGUGGACAAGGUGCAGCAAGGGUGCCGGUCUUAGCUCUGUUGCUAACUUGCAGCCUAACGUUGGGCAAGUCACUCUCUGGGCCUCAGUUUCCCUCCUGUACAAGUUACUUAGAUGAUCCAAAGUGCUCCCUAAGGUUUCCUCUUCCAACUCUAGAAGUCCAGUUCGGUCCCCUGUCCAGCCAACCCUGGCUUGGUGACUUCUGAGCCUUUCCACAGGCUCCAUUAGAACCUUCCUGGCUCUCCAGGCGGGUAGCUGUUUUUAUGGCUUUUUGGGGUCAGCUCAUCAAGGAGCAGCUGUUACCUAUCUUAAGGUCUCCAGGUGCCCUUCAUAUACAUGCGUGCACAUGCAUGAAACCCCAGGAGCAUACUUCAGGUUCCUGGAUAAGCAGUGGCUUCUUCUUCUUCCUUCCCAUGGCAAGCUCUCAUAGUCCCAAAAGGUGGCAAGAAGAGUAGCUCUGUUGAGCCGGACCCUCCAGGGUAGUGCAGGAACCCUGUUUGCUGGGAGGAAAAAAUAACGCAAAACUUCCUGCUUCCCAAAUAUCAGAAAAGAUUGAAGCCAUUGAUUUCCAGUUUGUCCCAAAGGGAAAUAUCUCCAAAUAAAUGAAUCUUGGAUUUGGAA